AUGGCAAAGAAGAUACACGUCGUCAUUGCAGGGGCCAGCGGCGAGACUGGAGGGUCGAUUGCGAAUGGCCUCCUCGAGUCGCCAGAGACAUUUGAUUUAACAGUGCUCGCCCGUCCAAGUUCUGUAGACAAGGCGGCAUACCACGAGCUUAGAGACCGGGGUGUGACUGUGGUCUCAGCAAAUUUAGGCACCGUCAGUGCCGACCUUGUCGCGAUACUUGAUGGCGUUGAUGUUGUCAUCUCAUGUUUGAUCGUGACCGACAUGGACGCUAUGAACAACCUAGCAACCGCUUGUAAAAAGGCGGGCGUUGGGCGCUUUGUUCCUAGCCUUUUCGGUCCUGUCUGUCCUCCACGAGGUGUCAUGCAACUGAGAGACCUGAAAGAGGACCUCGUCGAUUUUAUCAAGACCCUUUACCUGCCUUAUACGCUUAUCGAUGUCGGCUGGUGGUAUCAGAUGUUGCUACCAUCCCUACCAUCCCUACCAUCGGGAAAGAUUGAUCAUUCAAUCGUUUUUCCUGUGAAAUCCAUUGUCGGUAACGGGCACACUCAGACGGCAUUGAUUGAUAACAGAGACAUUGGAAAAUAUGUGGCACGGAUUAUCGUAGAUCCCCGCACACUAAACAAGUCAGUAUUUGUAUAUAAUGAGAUCUGGACCCAAAAUCAGUUGUUUGAUCUCCUCGAACAUUUGUCAACGGAAACUUUGGAGAGAAACUAUAUGAGUGCAGAAGACCUUCAGAACAAGAUGGAGGAUCUCAAGAAAAAGUCCGCUAUCGAUGGCCAGCGCCAUCAAAUGGGCAUAAGCCUACUUGCAUAUGACUACUCAUUGUGGGUUCGUGGAGACAACAUGCCUGAGAAUGCAAAGUACUUGGGUUACUUGGAUGGGAAAGAGCUCUACCCUAACUUUCAGGCCAGAAGCCUCGAGCAGUAUUUCAAAGGUAUACUUGAAGGGAGUAUUGGGCGUAUAUACGUUGGUCGCCGCUGA